AUGCAGGCCCAACUGAAGCAUCCUGUAAUCCUACCACAAAAUCAUCACAUUGUGGUACUGCUGGUGAGACAUUUCCAUGCCAUGUCAGGUCACUCAGGAAGAGAACAUGUUAUGUCAUUGAUGAGAGAGCGAUACUGGGUGAUUGGAGGAAGAACAGCAGUGCGCCAGGUGUUGCGAGAUUGUUUCGUUUGCAAGCGUCUGUCUGCUUCUCCUAACAUACAGAAAAUGGCUGAUCUACCAAAGGACAGGGUGACCCCUGAAAAGCCGCCGUUCAGUCACGUGGGAGUGGAUUGUUUUGGCCCAUUUUUGGUCAAGCAAGGCCGAAGUCAAGUCAAAAGAUACGGGUGUAUCUUCACCUGCUUAGUGUUGAGAGCAGUUCACAUUGAAGUGAUCCAUUCGCUGGAGACCGACUCCUUCAUUAACGCUCUGCAGAGAUUUAUCGCAAGACGAGGACAACCAGAACUUAUCAGAAGUGACAACGGCACAAAUUUUGUUGGUGCUGAGCGCGAGCUGAGGGAAGGAAUCAAUCGUUGGAACAAACAGAAGAUUGAGGAAUAUCUACUGCAGAAGGGGAUUAGCUGGAAAUUCAAUCCACCGGCAGCAUCACACAUGGGAGGAUCAUGGGAGAGACAGAUAAGAACAACAAGAAAGAUUUUGAACACAGUUUUGAAACAACAAGUGCUCUAUGAUGAAAGUCUUUCAACUAUGAUGUGUAUGGUUGAAUCUGUGAUCAACGGUCGUCCACUUACUGUAGUUUCAGAUGAUGUGAGGGAUCCAGAACCCUUGACUCCAAAUCAUCUUCUUCUGUUGCGUCCGAGCAAUGCUUUCCCCGCGGACAUGUUUGACGAGUGUGAUCUAUAUAGUCGUAAACGAUGGAGACAAGUCCAAUAUUUGGCUGACCUAUUUUGGCGCAGAUGGAUCAGGGAAUAUCUACCCACCCUGCAGCAACGUCGAAAGUGGAAUGAGCCAACAAGGAACAUCAGAGCAGGAGAUAUCGUGUUGAUUGUUGAAGACCUCCCCAGGAACCAGUGGACCAUGGGAAGAGUCGUGGAAACCUAUCCGGGUGAUGACAACUUAGUCAGGACUGCUAAGGUGAAGACUAAGUCAUCAACACUUGUUAGACCAAUUCACAAGUUGUGUCUGCUGGAGUCAGUGGAAGGUCUAGAGAGCACCAAAUAG